AUGUCAUCCGAAAACAAAGCCCUCUUCUUCUCCAAAGUUCCCAUCGAAUAUCCAGUGCCGGGUGAGCACUUGACCGUCCAAACUGUUCCCUUCGACCCCUCCGCCCCAGCUCCAGACAAUGGCAUCACCGUCCAAUCUCUAUACACCAGCUUUGAUCCAUACAUGCGUGGCCGCAUGCGCGAUCCGGAAAUCAAAUCCUACACCCCAAGUUACGAGCUAGGCAAGCCCAUCAACAGCCGCUCUAUCGCCAAAGUGCUCAAGUCCAACGACAGCAAAUACAAGCCAGGCGAUCUAGUGCUUGCCUUCCUGCCUAUUCAGGACUAUGUCGCUGUCCCCGCAGGUGGCAUGGAAAUGGUGAGGCCGCUCGAGAACCCAAUGGGCAUCGAGGAUAUCCGGGUCUUCCUGGGGCCCCUGGGAAUGCCUGGGCUGACUGCGUAUUCCUCCCUGAUGGAGAUUGGCAAGCCAAAGAAGGGCGAAACGAUCUUCGUCUCUGCCGCGUCUGGCGCGGUGGGACAGGUUGUGGGCCAAGUGGCGAAGCAUGAGGGGCUGAAGGUUAUUGGCAGUGUCGGCUCGGAUGCCAAGCUGGAUUAUAUUGUGAAGGAGCUGGGCUUUGAUGGCGGGUUCAACUACAAGAAGGAGAAGCCCCACGAUGCGCUCAAGCGUCUUGCACCGAACGGGAUUGAUAUCUACUAUGAGAACGUUGGUGGGGAGCACCUCGAUGCUGCGAUAGAGGCGCUCAAUGACUGGGGCCGCAUUGUGGCGUGCGGGAUGAUUUCGCAAUAUAAUCUGAAGCCGGAGGAUAGGUAUGGGGUCAAGAAUGUGUUCAUGUUCGUGUCGAAGAGACUCACCAUGCGGGGGUUUAUUGUUGGUGAUCAUGGUAUGGGGGAUAAGUGGGCAAAGGAGCACAAGGAGAAAGUCUCUCAGUGGAUUAAGGACGGGUCGUUUAAGCCGGUCACAGCUGAGACGGUGGGAAUUGAUAAUGCAGCAAAGGGGUUGGUGGGCAUCUUCCGCGGUGAAAACUUUGGGAAAGCCGUGUUGAAGUUCCAGAAGGUUUGUUGA